UUAGUGAGGUUGACUGAGGAAAGAUGAAGCAGCAGCAGCAGCGGACGGUGGUUCUGUAUCCCUCCCCAGGCAUGGGCCACCUCAUCACCAUGGUGGAGCUCGGCAAGCUGAUUCACCUCCGCCUCCGCCUCCCCGUCACCAUCCUCAUCGCCUCCCCUCCCUUCAACCUCGGCAACCCCACCCCUUACAUCAACGCCAUCGAGUCCUCCGAUCUCGGUAUCUCCUUCCACUACCUUCCCCAGCCGCUCGAUUUCUCCCAUCAAGAUCACAAUGCCCAGCACCACGAGCUUCUCGUCUUCAAAUUCCUCAACGCCUGCAACCCCCACGUCAAGGAUAAGUUGGAGCUCAUCUCCAAGUCCUCUACCAUCCUAGCCAUUGUCGUCGACUUCUUCUGCGUCGCCUCCAUAAGCGUCGCCGCUGCCAACCUGGGCUCACCCGUGUAUGUUUACUUCACUUCCCCUGCUGGAGCACUAGCAUCCUGCUUGUACCACAACGAGCUGCAUCGCCGGUCAGACGUCAGCUUCCGUCAUCUCAAUGUGGAUUUGCAUAUCCCCGGCAUCCCCCCGUUGCCAUCCCGGGAUAUGCCUCUUCCCAUGCUGGACCGUGAAGACACGUACUUUUGCUUGCUAGAAUCCUCAUCCCAGAUGUGCCGAGCUCAAGGGAUCAUAUUGAACACCUUUGACGCGCUGGAGCCGCGGGCGCUCCAAGCAAUCUCGGACGGCCUGUGCACGCCGAAUGGAUCCACGCCUCCCCUCCACACAAUCGGGCCCGUGAUCACGGCCGAGAAGAAGAUGGACAGUGAUGCCGAGUGCCUCAACUGGCUCGACUCUCAACCGGACCGUAGCGUGGUAUUCUUGUGCUUUGGCAGCCUAGGCCGUUUCUCUGUGGAUCAGCUCGCGGAGAUCGCGGAUGGGCUGGAGCGCAGUGGUCAAGGGUUCCUUUGGGUGGUUCGAGGCCCAGCCAGAGGGCCAGGACCGGCUCUCGCGUCAGAAGACCCAGACCUUGAAGCGCUGCUGCCACGAGGGUUCUUGGAGCGGACUCACGGCAAGGGGCUGGUGGUCAAGUCGUGGGCGCCGCAGGUGAGGGUGCUGAGCCAUGAAGCGGUUGGCGGGUUCGUGACGCACUGUGGGUGGAACUCGGUGCUGGAGAGCAUAAUAGCAGGCGUGCCCAUGGUGGCGUGGCCGCUAUAUGCUGAGCAACGCAUUAACCGGGUUUUGCUGGUGAAGGAGAUGGGUCUGGCCAUUGCCGUUCAAGAAGGCACAGACGGUCUAGUGGGCGCAGCCGAGGUAGAGAGAUGUGUCCGACUGCUGCUGGAAUCCGAGGAGGGGUCUGCGCUGAGGGAGCGAGCAGCAGAAGCCAGGGAUGCCGGUGCCGCAGUAGUCAGGGAAGGCGGAUCCUCGUGGGCUGGCCUGGCAAGGUUGGCCGAUGAGUGGGUGGUGAGGGCUGGCACAACAAAGGGUAGUUAGUGUCGGUAAGCCACGGAAUUCAAGGUUCAGAAGAAAAGUAGAAAGGAAUGUGAUUCACUGAACCAUAACUACGCUGCAACCUGAUUGAUCAGAACUGAACUUUGUUUGCCUGGAAGAGAGUGGUGUUUUUUUUCGUCAUCCAAAGAGAUGUGCUUGUUCCCUUCAGAUGUCAAUGUGACAUCUGAAAUUCUGUUAUUUUAGAUAUAAGUUAAUAUGUUCUUACCUUUA